AUGAAUGAUGACUUUUUUUCUACGAAUUCGCUCUCAUCUAAAGAAGAAGAUAAUUUUAAUUUCAAUAUAGAAAAUAUUACAAUCUCACCAACUAAAUCAUUAGUAUACUAUGACUCUCCAACACAUCAUAAUAAAUUAUAUCCCAUAACUUCCCCACAAACUAAUUUACAUUCGAAGAAAACAUCCAAACAAAAACAGAUUCCCUAUGAAAACUACAUGUCUAAUUCAACGUCAAACUCCACUGUUGAAUCAUUCGUUACAGCUACUUCUGAAUUCCAUAUAGAGGGGUCUUCCAUUGAUGAGAAACCAAAAAAAAACGUUUUUGCAUCAUUAACUGAAAAUAAUAAUAGCACUACAACAUUACAACAAACACACAACCAAAAUGAUUUACAUUACGAUACUAAUUUUACUACACCUAAAUUUGAUUCACCACAUACACUCACUUUCCAGCAAGAAAGUGUACACGAUAAUACAGAAUUAAGUAAAAAUUUGCUAAUGAAAAGUACAACAAAUGUUAAUCAAACGUCGUCCACAGAAUCAAAAAAUAUAUUACAUAUUAAAUAUUCAUCACCUAGAAAAGCCAUUAGAGCGUCAAGACUUAUCAACUCAGAAGAUUUUGUAUAUGAUAAAACUAACAAAAACAAUAAACAAAAAAAGUAUAUUAAGACAAAAACCAUUCAAAGUUCUCACAAGCAAAAUGAUGAUUCUUUACUUUCUGAAAAUACGAUUAACACAAUUACAUUUGAUACAUUAGAUUUAUCAAAUAGAAUACAAGAAAGUACAGUUUUUGCAGACAAUGAGAUAUCUAAAGACCAGUAUAUUUUUAACUUCAAUAAUUACGCAUAUCUUUUUAUAAUUGCACUGCAUGGAUUCAAUGCAGAAACUUUAGAAGCUGAAGAAGACAUACAAAUAUGUCUUUCUUUUGAAAAAAAUGAUGUUGCGUUUAUCCAUGUAGCAGAUGAAUCUGGAUGGGGUGAAGUAACUUUGAUUAAUCAGCAAAAAAGAGGUUGGGUUCCUUUGAAUUACUUUACUGAUGUUUUGCAACCAGAGUUAAACAUAGAUAAAAAUACCGAUGCGAUUAAACAAACUUACAACUACAUAUCCUCAAGAAUACCAUUAGAAUCAUUACUGACUGCUUCUGCUAAAUUUUUGGUGGAUUUUGAAAGACAAGCAGAAACUAAUAAGAUUCUGAAAAUUGAUCUCAUCAAUGAUAUUAGAGAUGGUGUGAAAAAACUACUGCAACUUACUGAGUGUGUCUCACGAUCAGAUGACUUAGUAAAAAACUAUUUGGAUAUCAAAAAAACUAGAAAAAAACUUUUAGCAGAAUGGUAUAAUUUAAUGAUAAAAGCAGAUCACUAUAAAAACAGUCAUUCACCAAAAAAUGUAAGCACAAUAGUAAUAUUACUAUACACUGUGAUAGAAAAGGCAUUUGCAUUUUAUGCUUCAUGGGGAAAUGAAAAAUUACAUAUAAUUAACCAACAUAAUGUUCAUAUAUAUAAUCAAGUUAACAAUAUCUUUCAUAAUGACACACAGAACGAUAUAAUUUCUGAAAAUAAGCAUUUAAAAACACCACCUCAUGCCAUGGAACGACUAGGUGAAAUUUACAACAUUUUAUUUACAUAUAUUGGUAUUAUACUAGGUAGAUUAGAUAUUAUACAACAUAGUUCUGCUGGUUAUGAAUCUUUAGAACUUAUUGUACAUCAGAUUAUUAUACUUCUAAGGGAGUUACUAUACAUUAGCAAAUCAUGUUCCUAUAUUAUUCAACAAAAAUAUAAAUAUGCUUAUGAAAGUACAUUAGAUUCAAAUUUAGAUCCCCUGUUAUCUUUGGUUUCUGAAUUAGUUUCUUGUGUCAAGAUAUUAGUGACAAAAGUACUAACUGAAGAUGAACAUUUCUAUUCUUCUAAAGAAUCCCUAAAACCUCAACAUUUCUUUUCAUAUGUGUACACCUCUGAAGAAAAAAAUCUAAUUAGGAUUAUUUCACAAAUGGCUCCUUUAAUCAAAAAUGUAGUUUUUGGUUGUAACAGCUACAUAAGAUUAAUUGGUAAUUUUAAACUUGGUGAUGAUAGAGAGUAUCUAGAUUUUUCAUAUUUAACAGUUACACCUGAGGAUUUUGUUAAAAAAUGCGGUUAUUCAAACAAUUAUAAUCAACUAAUAUUAAAUGCAAAGGGGAAACUUGGUCGGUUAGCCAGAUUUUCUUCAAUACAUCCUAUCAAAAAAAGUAAAAUAGUUAAUAACAUAUUUUUGGAUAAUCCAUUAGACGAAAAUGAAAAAGAAUUCAGUAGAAACUCUGUAUUUGAUAAAUUUAAACUGGAUAUUGAUUGUCAAACAGAAGAAGAUAAUACUUCUUUGUUACCUAUAAACUACACUGAAAUAAUACAAAAGGAAAUCUUAUUUGACAAUAAUGGUGCUUUGGUUGGUGCUUCCUUCAGAGCUUUUGUUCUCAAGCUCACUGAUGAAUUAGACAAGCCUGAUGAUUUAUUAAUUGCUUCAUUUCUACUACAUUUUAGAAAAUUUGGUAAUAUAGUCGAUUUGGUGGAUGAACUGAUUACACGAUUUGAUAUUAUUAAUAAGUCGUCACAAUAUGAUACAGAACGAGGGAAUGGUAUCUACUCUUCAAAAGCUUCUCGAUUGAAAACAAGAAGAAGAUUAGUAUGUUCUAUAUUUCAAAAAUGGAUGGAAAGCUAUUGGGAAUUUCAGGACUACGAUAUUUUGCCAUCUAUGGUAAAUUUUUUUAAUGAAAUAGUAUCUAGUUAUUUACCGAUCGAAUCUAAAGCUCUUAUUGAGGUUGCUUGCAGAUUGUUUAACAUUCUGACAAAUACUGCUACGAAAACCAAUGAUUUACUUGUUUUCCAUCAAUUAAAGACUACAUCAACAAUAUGUCCAAAAGUAUUAUCUGUUAUAUCGGAAACUUCUUCUAUUAAUAGCCUCAGAUCAUCGGUUUUUUCCCUUGAUGAUAGAAUAAUCAAUCAAUAUGGUUUAACAAGAACAAAAUCUAAUAGUAGCAAAAAUAGCAAAUCCUUGUUAUUACCACAACUUGAAGUGGGGGAAUCAUCCUUGCUCUCUGACGAAGAGAUAGAGAAGACUAAAAAAUCAAUUAUGUUUUAUGAAACAGUGACUAAAAUUACAGUUGAUAGCAAUAGUGAAGCCUAUGAAGUGGGUGAUUCUUUGGAACUUUGGAGAAAGCUAAAGACCGUUGAUGUUUCAACAAACUUUUUAGUAGAACAAUUUAAUAAGCCAUCGUUUGGGCUAACAGAUAUACAUCCUUUAGAAUUAGCUAAACAACUAACUGCUUUAGAAUCUGCUUUAUUUCUAAGAAUUCAACCCAUGGAAUUAGUUCAUUAUAAAGAACCGAACUUUUCACCAAAUAUUGUAGCAAUUUUGAACUUUAGUAAUCAAUUAUCUAACUAUGUUACAGAAACCAUAUGUGCUCCAUAUCUUUCUUUAAUCCAAAGAGUUUAUAGGUUACAAACCUGGUUAAGAAUCGCAUUAUCAUGUGCCUACUUUAGAAACUUUAACUCUGUUGCAACUAUUAUGGCUUCAUUACAAAAUCAUUCUAUUGAAAGGCUACAUUCAAUAUGGAAUGCCUUAGAUAAAAAGGAUUCCACAUUGUUUGAUUAUUUGGUACGAAUUGUUCAUCCAAAUCAUAAUUUUAAAGUUUAUAGAACUAAAUUAAAUUCAAUAACUAAAGACCAUCUGUAUUCUAAGUCUCCAUUGCCAGUUGUGCCCUUUGUUAAUCUCUACUUACAAGAUCUUACAUUUUUGGACGAUGGAAAUCCAAGUUUUAAGGAUCCACAUUCAUUUAGACCAAAUAAAUUGGUCAAUGUGGAUAAAUAUAUAAGAAUGACAAAAAUCAUCAGUAACCUUCAAUUCUUUCAAGUGGGUUAUAGUCAGUCAUCUUUAGACAGUUUGGAUAAAAGGAAUUCCUUUUUUCAAGUUGCUGAAAAUCUUUCAAUCGACACAGAUGUCAUAACCGAUAUUGCUAAUUUACAAGAGUUUAUUAUUUUUGAAUUUUGGAAGGUAAAUAAAUACUAUGAACACGAUUCAGAAAGAGGUUACAAACAAAGUCUGCAUAUCACUCCAAGAAACCAAGGACAUUAA